CUAGUACUGUCAAACGGGGCUCCGUCAUCCGAGUCGCCAUCCCAGCUUUCAGAACCUUGUGUUACAUAGUACUGUAGUUGGCAGCCUUGUGGAAAGUUGUUACGACUAGGAGUUGAAUAUCCCUCCUACUGCGCAGUCAUCAGUGGCAACGACACUGACACUAUAUCGCUCAGCACCACCAACACCACUUGAAUUCCCUCGAUACUCGCUUUCAUCCGCUACUCUGAAACGACCUGCGUCACCAGGCGAACACUUCGUCCAUUGUACCCAUCAUCACCUCACUUCCGCCGGUGUCACCUGCCACCACUUCACGCUUUGCUUCUUUGCACAUCCUCUCUCGGCAUCUAACCCCGGUUUGCUGACUAUACAUUUGAGGAAGGCCUAGAGUUCUGUCAUCACUUCGACAGAAGCCCAGGCACACGACAGACCCGGUGGCUAUCAGAUAUUCGUCCCGCGAUGAUUCCUCGGUAAUGUCGCAUUGACUCCGCUAUGGCGGCCUACACAUCUCCGUCGUCCACGCAUACCAACUCCGUAUCUACUUCCGCAACCACUGUACCCUCCUCACGAGAAAGUUGGACGGAUAAGAAAGAUCUCAAGCCAGGGCCGGGCCCGGAAAGAGUCUAUCCUCACAUCAAGGACAUCAUACAAGAUGCUACGACCUCAUUCAAGGGAGACGGUUCGCUUACACAAUACCUAAACGAGGUUGAGAGAUGCAUUGCGACAGCGAGGAACUCGGUGGACAUCCUUCGACGGCCGGACUUGGCCUACAAGAACUAUGUGGUUGCCUACGAAGUGGCUGUCAAUUAUAUCCCAAGGCACAAAGAGUAUGGGUUCUGGGAUAACAACCAUGCUUGGGCGAUGAAAUACAGGGCGGCACGGAAAAAGCUGAAUGCGAUGGAAAGCGAAAUGACCCAGGUCAAAGCUCUGAUAGAGGCCAAUAAUGCGCGGUAUGGUACGAAGCCGCGGGAUGUCUCUAGAAGACCAGUCUAUUCAUCCGGGUUUGGCGUGCCUUCGAACUCGCUCCCUCCUGGCGCCGGAGGAUCAGCUUCUUCCAGAGCGAGCGUCUCUCAAGCCAUUCCUGAGGCACAUCAGCUGCCGCCAACUCUCCGGAUAGAGCGCUCCCGACCAUCGAACAAGCCAAAACCAGAAGGUCUCCAUGGACGCCCAUUGACCGAUACGUCGAACGAUCUCAGUCAAAGGUUUGCCCGCCUGAGAGGCCUCGGAACGGCAUCUGAAGAACCCGCACCGCUAUCGAUGCCGAAAGAGAGUGACUUCCAUAGUCCGAACAGCGUUAGCGGGAGAAGGCCACAAUCCACGACCUCUACGUAUGCAAUCCCAGACACCAAUGGCUACUCAAGCCCACGUCUCAACGGGCCGAGAGAUAUGCCUGGCUCUACCAAAAAUGGCCCGGAUUUACCACCUAAGGUGCCUCUCUCCCCGGCAAUUGCUCUUCCCAAACCACCUAGCCCGACGUAUAGUCCGAUAUCGACUACAUCAGCUGGACCUCAUACAAACAGCAAUCGACUCUCCGCGGAAGGCGGUCGUCCGCCGUCUGACAAAAAGCAAACAUAUUACAACCAAUCCCAAAACUCAUCGACCAAUUCCCUACACCUCCAAAGAACCCGGGAUGAGAUCCUUUCUCCUUACCGCCCGACCACCCCAAAUGGAGUCAACAGUGCCAUUGUGCCGAAAAGUAGCUCAAGUGACCUUCCGCACCAAACAUCCAUAGACGCGUCGACAUUGCAUGACUACAUGAGGAAAUACAACGUCCUUCUGAUCGAUGUGCGGGAGAGGGUACUGUUUGAUGAUGGCCAUAUCAUGUCCAGUUCUAUCAUAUGUAUUGAGCCUAUUUCUCUCAAAGAAGGCGUUUCCGCAGAAGAGCUCGAAGACCGACUCGUCCUAGCUCCUGAUGCAGAGCAAGCACAUUUUUCGCGGCGGAACGAAUUCGAUCUUGUCGUGUAUUAUGACCAGGAUACGAACGACACCUCUUAUUUGAAAGGUCCGCCGAGUAUGACCAAAGCUCCAGCGCUUCGAGCUCUUUACGACACGUUGUAUGAGUUCAACGACACCAAACCUCUUAAAGACGGUCGUCCGCCGGCAUUGUUGGCCGGAGGGAUUGAUGCUUGGAUUGAUUACAUGGGGGCGCAGUCACUUGCGCGGUCCAGAACGGCAGCAAUGCUUGGGACGACGCGCCAACGAGCCACAGUCGGACCAGGAAGGCCCAUUGCUCGACAGCGGAUGGUUUCUGCCAACUCACGCUAUGAAGUCCGCAAUAGGAGACUGCGUGAUCACAAAUUUCUGGAUGAAAGCGAGCAAGAGGCGUGGCGGCAACAAGCCCUGCAAGAGGAGGUCACUCCUCACGAAAAGCCCGAAGCAGCCAGCGAUGAGGAAUACCCGGCAGCAGAUGCUGAGCAGGUACCUUCGUCACCAUUCAUUCCCGACUACGAAACGUUUCUACGCCGCUUUCCUUCUGUCAGACAACAAGAGUCUAUGGUCAUGCCGGCUCGUAGGCCUCUUCCAUCACACCCGGCCGUCUACUUGCCUCCUGCUGCGCCCGCGGCGCCGGCAAUACCAGCCGUGCCUGCGCGACCGCCUCCGGCAAUACCCAGACCGAGCUAUUCGGGACAAGCCGACAUCAAUGCACCUCAACCGGCAUUGGCAAGAGUGACAUCUGCCACGCGGCCGCCCUUGUAUUCUUCCGUAACUUCUAUGCGCAACAGAAGACUACCCAGGACCGGUCUGACGAAUUUUGGGGUGACGUGUUAUAUGAACUCGACUUUGCAGUGUUUGUCGGCGACAAUUCCGUUGUCUGCGUUCUUCAAUGAUCGGGUUUAUGAAGGGUACGUGCAACGGAAUUGGAAAGGCAGUAAUGGUAUUAUGCCCAAAUUGUACGCCAACUUGAUCCAGGCCGUGUGGCAGGAAGACACGGAUGUGAUCAAACCAUCGACCUUCCGCAACUUUUGCGGCCGCAUGAAUCGAGAGUGGGCGAUCGACCGGCAGCAGGACGCGAAAGAAUUCUUUGAUUUUCUGGUCGAUUGUCUGCACGAAGAUCUGAACGUGAAUUGGGAACGGAAUCCGCUGCGACCAUUGACGACGGCCGAGGAGAUGCAACGAGAAAGAAUGGAAAUCGCACGAGCCAGUCCGAUUGAAUGGAAACGCUACGAACAUCGCGACCACAGUUUUCUAUCUUCCAUCUUUGCAGGUCAACAUGCCUCACGGUUGCGAUGUCUGACUUGUCGAAGGACCUCGACGACGUACGAAGCAUUCUAUAGUAUUUCCAUUGAAAUCCCGCGUUCUGGCGUCGGACAUAUCUACGACUGUUUGAAUUCCUAUUGUCGCGAAGAAAAGCUGUCGGAGCUCUGGAGGUGUCCGUACUGCAAGUGUGAGCGGGAGGCGACCAAGCAAAUCAUCUUGACGCGACUGCCGCAGUUUCUGGUGAUUCAUUUCAAGCGAUUCGCCGCUUCAAAGCACGAGAGGGCGCAAAAGAUCCAUACCCCGAUUGAGUUUCCUCUGCACGGUCUCAGCAUGGAUGAUUUUGUUAUUCCCCGCCCCCCACCCGCUCCGGAACAAGAAGGACAACCGGUCGAUAUGGCCACGACGCCGCCUUACACUUACGAUGCCUAUGGCGUGUUGAGGCAUUUGGGAAAUAGUGGCGAUGGAGGGCAUUACAUCAGCAUUGUCAAGGACCAGGGUCGUGGUUGUUGGAGGAAAUUCGACGAUGAGCGUCAUUACGACUUGGAUCCGAAUAAACUUGGGUCAAGGGAUCGGUUGCAGAAUGGCGAGGCUUACAUUGUCUUUUACCAGCGUUCUCAAGCUAGGCGAUGACUCACCAUGAUGUUGAUGCUAAGGCUGCAGGUGGGUCAGGAUUUAUCUGUCCCGUUUGAUGUCUAUGCAAGUACCUAGGUAGGUACCAGUCGGUCCACAGAUUCCGGCAGAAAGCUGUCGUGUGGGUUUGGACUCAAAUGCAUACUGUUCUUCUUAACUUGGUUCUACUUGUUGAUAUGGGCCGACUUGCCUAUUAUAUUAUUUUUGCCGCCAUUGUAGCAGUUUAAGGGUUUAGAGCAUCGCCCGAAUGGCACUACAGUAGAACAAGAGAAAGAGCAUUAAGCUAUCAAUCAUCAAUCAUCAACCAGCA